GAGACCUCCCGGAAUCAUUAAUUCAGUCUUCUUGGUUUAAGCGCAGUACGGAAGCAAAAACGGAAAACUGUAGCAGGUUUUUGCUGAUGAACCAUGGAAAGUGAAAUGCGUUCUGCAGCGGAACGGAAGUGCAGAAGAUUGUGAAUCGUGACUGUGAAGAACGCACCGAGUUCACAACCCUGCAUCGGAAAAGGGAAGAAAAAAAAGCGCGCGAACACACACAAACACAAUGAUCAAGUGACAGGAUUUAUUUCAGUGAAUCAAAUUAGUGUUUUAGUUGUAAGAAACAGAAACAGAUAGAGGAAAAAUAAAAAGUUUAAAUGUUUUGUGAUUUACUGGAUUUCAUUUGCCCGCCAAAAACGUCGAUAGCAAAGACCAAGGAAGAUCCGCAGUACAGCGAGCAGGAGAAGAAGGAGGAGAACCACGACGGAAUCCAUCACUGUCAGCAACCAAUCACGAACCGUCAUGGAUUACAUCGGAUAUACAAUGAACAUCUGUUUAAUUCUUUUCAUGAUUUCCGUUACCGGCAGCCACUGCCAGUACUACAGCAACCGUGAUAUCAUUCUGACACCACACCAGCUCAAAACCUAUCCGGGCAAGAUUUUGUACUACCGACCCCACGAGUUCACCACCGGUCCGGGGGUCCUGGACAAUGUCGUUCCUGCACAGCAGGGAGAAGUUACCGGCACUACGGCGGUACCCUGGGAGGAGGUACUGAAGGAGACUGUCUUCCUGGCACUGAACGAUAAUAAAACCAGUGCCCACUCAUUCGAUGGCAGCGCGACCACCUACCAGCCACAGUACAUUAUGCGACAGCAGAAGGCCAUCUACGCGGCACCGUACAUCGGAAUGGUGGACCUGAGUGUGCCCCGCUUCGGUGAUAUUGUGGAACUGGCGCAUGGGCGGUUGGAAAAGGAAAGCGAUGAUCAGUACUACUUUGUACAGGACGAUCCCGGUUAUCGGCAGGAGAGCGGACGGAAUAUCAGUGCCUUUUGGAAGGUAGAACGGAUUCGACAUCGGGAUGAUCUGCGCGGCCAUCGAUACGAGCUAAAAUUUACCGUGGCUCCGAUCAAGGAUUUUUUGUUCGACGAAAGUGCGAUCGUGAAUAGAAGUUUCGUGGUCCGGGAUGAGGACUAUCCGCGUUACUUCGGUAUCCAGUCGCCGAAUGCGAUUCCGAUGAUGAAGAAAAGUGAUUUUAUUGACCGAGCCAUUUUCGAUGCUGCCAUGCCGUAUCAUCCGGGAUUCGGCGGUGGCAAUCGGCUUUAUCGACCAACCCAGGCUACGAUAACUCUUGGUGAAUAUUUGCUUCAGUCACUGUUUUCCAGUGGUGACAGUUCCCCGAAGCCUAAUCCCUAUCCACCGAAGUCUUACCGGUACGGAUCCGGCUACAAUCGAAUCAAAUUCCCGGAGACGUCACCAAAAUAUUAUCACCACAUUCACUUCACACGACCGUCUAUCGCUCCACUGGCACCAACUGCACCGCCGAUGCCUCCGCUGAUCAAAGAUCUUCACAUUCCCGCGCCGAGCAACGUCCAACAGGAUCUCACCAGGCUGGUGGAUUUCCGCGGAGUUACCGACGCUGUGGAAGCAAACUCGAAUACGGACAACAGUGUGACAACGAAGUCAACUUCCCCGCAACCACAAUUGAUGCCAAAUUUCAGAUAUCCGCCGCCAAUAUUGGCAAUGCAACCAACCCACAUCCAUCAUCACCAUCAUCUGCAACAGCAACCUCAACAACAACCGCAACAACCGCAACCACAGCAGCAACAACAACAUCAGCUGCCACUACAAAUACAACAGCAGCAGCAGCAACCGAAUCAACCACAAAGUCAACAACAAAACAAUCCACCUCCACCGAUGCAACCCCUUCCACCUAACCUGGUCCAAUCAAUUCCAAUCUACAACCCACAGGGCGGAAUGAUGCUGAAUCACAUUCCAAUCUCUCCCAACCACAUGCUUCAAGUUCCUCAAGCUCCGAUCGCAAUCCCAGUGCAUGUUCAAUUGAUCCCACCCCAGGGACAGGUCUAUGCUCCACCCCAAGAUGGACUCCAUGCCGUUCCGAUUCGAAUCAUGCAACAGGCUCCCGGAUAUAUUUAUUCCCCGGUCAAUCACUUCCUUGCACCGCAGCACCAUCCUCCGGCUUUUCUGGUACCCAAAUAUCCAAAUCAGACAACCCACUUCCCGCAUCACUCACCCAACAGCAUCCCGACCACGCUGAAGUACAGCACCACUAAUUCCGGUUUCCCGUUCAAAUACACUCCGCAACCAUCGACCAGUCCGUACGUAAGUCCAACCGUCGCCCAUCACCGUUAUUCACCACUGCCAACGGUGCAAUCAUCACCGGCCGGGGUGCGAGAAAAGUUCACACCAUCGCCCUUCCAACCACCCGUCUCCAGCAGCAUCAGCAGUAGCACCAGCACUCCUCCAAAUUACUACAAGGUCGACCCAGACACCGCUGGAAGCACACCGAUCGAUUCUGCUUCACCCAAAUUUCAAUCAUUUGGGAUAGAAAACGCAGUCACACCAAAAACCACAACCGUCCUCCCAUUCGCCACGGCAGGCGACAGCUCGUUCACUCCUUCGAUCGGUCACACAUCUUCGGUUCACCAGGGGUUCGUCAGUAAUUUCCUGGACGAUAAAGCAACAAAUCUUGGCGAAAGUGGUAAGCAUUACUCGGAACCGGACCCGCUGUAUCAGAAAUCGACGGGCACCACUCCCAUCUCGCUCACUAGUCCGAGUCCAUCGGUUUCCUCGACGACGGCAGCAUUCCCACAUACAGUCGGACCAAAUUACACGCCCAAAUACACAUCGCACUUCUCGUACAAACCGUCGGCGACGCUCGCUCCUCCCCAGAUCGAAACACCGAUCUCGUCGACUUUGAAAAGCUAUCACUAUCUGAAUCACGACAGUUUCGACUUUGUUCCGUCGAGAGUGGUAGAACUGGCACACGUGAAAAAGGUUCCGAAGAAGCAAGGUUCCAAGCGUAAAGUUAAUGCCAACCAUCAUCACGUCACCGUCACCAGUAGCAAACCGUUGAAAUUCAGCGAAGGACCCGAUUAUGCCACCAACCGUCCCGAAGCUCAGAUGAGUGUUCAACUGCCACCGCCGGAGAAAGACUACAACACCUAUUACGGCACUCCGAAACAGAGUCACAAAGUACAGAAACCGAAGAACUUCGUUACUCAACCCUACAGCAGUUCCACGACUCCGUUCCCAACUUCCUUGACCACCCCGGCAUUUCCGGUAGGGUUUAGUACCACUCCAACGCCACCGACCAGAACUAGUGCCAGUGCCAGUGCCAGUACCAGUACCAGUUCCCUAACAUCAGCAAUCACGGAACGACCAUUCACACACUAUCAGCCAUAUUUUAAGAACAAACACGAGAAAUCCGAUGACAUCAUCACUACGAUGCGACCGCGAUUGAUCAUCAAAACCGUCUACAAACCAUACCCCAGCUCCUCGUCGUCAACAACGAAUUCGAUUGGUGUUUCGUCUACCGAAAAACCGCUCCUGAAGUGGAUCCCCAAACGACCACGCAAAUCCAACAGCACAAGCAUAGAGCAUUCGGCAUCCAGUUCCACUUCUUCGUCGGCAAGUAUUGAACAGAUUUCGGCGGCCUCCUCUGAACAAUCGCCAACUUCGGACGUGAAGAACUCCAUGUCACUUCAAGCAACAACCCGAUCGAGCCUGGAGAAUCAAGUGAACCGAUUACGAGCUUCACGGGGUCGAUCUCGUUACACGCACCGUCGACUGUCCACUGCGGGAACACCGACCUCAUCCCAACACUCGGUUAAACCGCACCGAAUUCGGACAACGACUAGCAGCACCACCACCACCACCACCACGACCACGGCUACCCCAUCAACAACCACGACUAGCACCACCCCUAAACCAGUUGCCGGAGUUACUUCGACCGUUUUCGACAGCAAUCGAUUGGACCAACGACCGCCAACCGAAGAGGAAGAUCACAAAGCAGAAGAAAGCGCCGUAGCCCCGAUCAGUUUGAAGAACAUUAGUAACGAAAAAUCCAAACGGGAUACCGCAACGGAAGAAACGGGAAACGAAGUUCUAGUCGCUGAACCGCUCAUUUCGAAACUGGUCGCAGCAACACUCCCGACGGCAUCGUACGAAAUGAUAAAAGCCGACAUCAAACCCGUGGAAACCAACAACACCAACAUCAUUCUGUUUGAAGCUAGCGAUGCUGCCAGCAGCGGCCCUGCGUUUUCCGGACGGUCGUCCAGACUGUCGCCAACCUUGGAAGAUCUGACCAUGUCGAUCAUAAAUCAUGCCCGAGCAAUCGUCAACCAAACGCAGAAACCUCAAGAGGAACAACAGUCCGAUCGGACGCCGGAAAGCAACGAAAUCGAUCACAGAGAUCCGGAACUGCCGGCUGAGACUACGGUUCCAAUGUCUACGCUGGCCAGUACCAGUGAACCAUCGAUCGAGAGUACGAUUCUUCAGAACAGUAGUAGCAGCAGCAGCAGCAGCGCCAGCAGCGAACAGCUGGAAACAACGAAUGCCACCACUGUCGCAGACAUCUCCGAACCGGACGAAAGUGAGAGUGACAGCAGGAGUGAAACCACGGUUAGUGUAGACAUUUAGUGCGUGUGUGAGCGGUAGAGCAAAGUCUAAUGAGAUACUAGGUAGAGUUUAAGCCAAGUGACACCAAAUUAAUUUAAAGUGUAAUUUAUAAUAUUUAUACAGAAUACUACUAAGAAAAGACAUGUAGAAAACCCUGUGAACUAUGAGUAAAAUUCGACAGAGAAAUCGAAGUGAAAAACAAAAACUAAGAAAAACGGCCGUUGGUAGCCGGAUCUGUGAACGAAUGAGUAUAGGUGUGAGCAGCAUGUGGGGGAAGCUACGAAGAACGAAAAGCUAUAGGAGCCGAACCGGUGACAGAAAAUCAGUUAUUUUGUUUAUGUCAAAAUAAAACGAUA